UGCAGAAGAGCUUCAGCUUUAGCUGGAACCUGUUACAGCACCAGCGCUCACAGGGGUACGAAGCUCUUACUAGUUUGCCUGGUGCAGUGACUGCUUUGGGCACAGCUCUUAUCUGCUCAAGCCCCAAUGUUCACACACUGGGGAGAAGCCUUAUCAUUGUGAGUGGGGCAAGAACUUCACCGACAGUUCAGACUGCCGAUGACACCAGCAUACACAUAUAAUUAAGAAUGAUCCUUCAAGUGUUCAGAGUGUGACUGUGGCUUUGGUGAGGGCAUCCAAUUCACUGAGUACCAGCACAUCUACUUCGGUGAAUGACCCUAUGCCUGUUCAGAAUGUGGCAAAAGCUACCCACAGCUCCAAGCUCCUUAGACACCAAUGCUCCCAUGCAGGCGAGAAGCCCUAUAAGUACCCCAGUUGCAGCAAGUUUUGGAGACCAUUCACAUUUGCUGCAGCACCAACAUACUCAGGCUAGCAGCCUUACACUUGGCAGUGAGUGUGGCAAGAGCUUCAGCCAGAAUUCCGACCUGCUCAUCCAUCAGAUGGCCCACAGUGAGAAGCCCUAUGCCUGCCUGCAAUGUGGCAAGGCAUUUGCCCACAGCUCCAACCUAGGUUUGCCGACCUCCCCUAUGCAGAGUCCAGCUGACGUUCAAGAGUGAAGCAAAGAGGGCCUCUGAAAGUUCGGAUGUAUCCAAGCCCAUGCUCCCAAGCUCAAGCAGUCAACUCCCAGGAAAGUCCACACUCAGAACCU